CUUUAUCUCGCUGCUAUUGUUGAAGCAUUUAUCAGAGAUUCGACUCAAAGUUUACAGCACAAUGAUAAGGACGCAUGAUGUGUUUGUUUACAGUUUUUAACAAUGUCAACACCUUGCUGUGCACCUGUUCACAAAACUGCCGACACAAGGGCCAGUUUUUCGUUGACCACCAAAUCAGAUGAAAAGUGAUGUGCCUCAACAGUAAUAAUUCCUCUGGGAGGAUUGGGACGAUUCCAAGUGCACUAAUAGUCUGUUUAAGGCAGUUAGUGAAUUAUCAAUACCUUCCUUGUGCUCACAAGCAUAACACACGGCUCCAAAUGGGGCUGUUUUUAUGGGAGGAUGAGUCUAAGCUGGACUGAACCUGAAGGGACAGAUACUGCUGAAACCUUCUUUUCUGAACAGCUGGACCACUUAAAGGAACUGUGAUUAACUAACAAAUGUCCUUGUCACACGAGGGGCAUUAGACUGCUUUCCGCCUCAGUUGCAGCCACAGAGGCUAUACCAGUACAGUCUGAAGGCAGUCUUGGGAUGUGGAUACUAAUUACCUGACAACUGUUCAAGACACAUUCAACAGAUGCUGGAAUCCACAUGAUGGAUAAGAUUUUCUAAAUGACCAAAGGAUUUCUGUGAGCACUGUGUGAAACCAUUGCUCUAUGGAUUAUGUGAUUUUUAUCAGGAAAGUUUGCUGCGAUUUUCUUGGAGUUGUGUAUUCGAGGGAAAUGUGAAAGGUAUAUGAAUUUUUUUGAAGCUAUGAAAAUGGCAAAAAGACUGCAUCUGCAGUUAGUCCUACAUGUAACUGUUGGGUAAGAUGUCUACCUCAUCCCCAGCAUGAGACCACAAGGGUUUCUCCUUGCAGGGGCUCUGUUGAUGGCUGCCUCGUCUCUCGACAUGACACAGAACCACCCCACAAGGACAUCAUGUCCGAGCACUUGCGUAUGCUCCGUUAAAAACUUCCCCAGUUUCAAUGGACGACUACAUACGGUAAACUGCAGUCACCGGGACCUCAGACAGUUCCCCGACGACAUACCCCCCGACACGGAAGUCCUCCUCUUUCAUCAUAACAACCUGAGAAACCUAUCUUAUAUUCCCUACCUGCCGUAUCUCAAAUGUCUUGAUCUGUCCUACAACCAUAUUCGCUUCCUGGAUAAUCAAAGGAUUUACGAAAAUGUCCAGUUGCUGAAAGUUCUAAACCUUAGAAACAAUUCCAUAGUUAAACUCCAACAUGGUAGCUUUAGUGGUCUGAAAAAUCUUGACGUUCUUGAUCUAUCCAAUAAUGCACUGAAAACAAUAGAAAUCCAUGCAUUUGGGGGAUUGAAUCAUCUCCAGAAAUUCAUCAUCAACAACAACAACCUGUAUGAACUAAAACGACUGUGGUUACAAGCUAUGUCAUCGGUCACAGAGAUACACAUGUCCAACAACAAGAUCAGUAAACUGGAACCAAAGGUGUUUGACACAAUGCCCCAUCUUGUCCACCUAGACUUGUCGGGGAAUCAAAUUAACAGAAUACAUCCCACGUCUUUUACAAAUGUGCAUGGCAUCAAGGUCCUGGAUCUGUCCCGGAACAUGCUGCGGCAGGUGCCUAAGUGUGUCCUAGGCAUCGGUAGGCUGCAGAUCCUGCUGCUGGACUCAAACCAGCUACAGAGGAUUGAAACUAAUGACUUCACCAACUCCAACAUAACGGAGAUUUCCUUGAGCUUCCAACUCCACCUGAGAGUCAUUGAAAAAGGUGCUUUUAUGAACCUACCUAGACUGCUUAACCUAAUGAUUCAUGACAACCCCAAUCUCAUCUUCAUCCACCAAGAGGCAUUUCAAAAUGUAUCCCAACUGAAUUCUUUAUUCCUUCACAAUAAUAAACUAAUGGCAGUGUCUGUGAAUAUCAAAGAAAGUUUGCCAUCAUUGCAAAACCUCCAUCUCUACCACAAUCCACUGCACUGUGACUGCAAUGUGUACUGGAUAAAGAAAGAAUUAGAGGAGAGUUUGAAUUCCAGUUCUGACACAAGUAUGUACAUCAAAGAAGCUGACAAGCUUUUGUGUGAUUCUCCAACAAGCAAAUCUAACAUGCCACUCAAGCAGGUCCCACUCUCCCAGUUACCCCCCGUCUGCCCCCCAACUACGCUUCCACUCUUCACAGACUCAUACAACAUCACCAUUGGUGAUGAUCUUUACCUGGAGUGCCAAGCUAUUGGUGUUCCACAACCAAAGAUACAUUGGCUGUUGCCUGAUGGCGCAGUUCUCAACUCCUCAAUGUCUAGCGAUCGUGUCAUGUUGAUAGAAGACACUGCCAUAUCUGUUCAUGGUGUUCGGACCUCUGAUGAAGGAACAUAUGCAUGUGAGGCCCAGAAUACUGUGUCAUACGACAUAAGUUCGACUGUUGUGAGCGUGUUACAGAGAGAUCUCAAAUUCUAUCCAAUCAGUAUUUCUAAUGACUACAUAACAUUACAACUAAUAGGAUCCAUUAAAAACAGUCAACUAUCCAAUUUUCAGCUGAAAUAUAGAGAGAGCAGUGGUGGGGACAUAGAGGUAGUCCCGCUGAGUGCCGGACUGAUGAAAUGUACACUUGGUACACUCAAACCUCUAACAACAUACGAAGUUUGUAUUGUGUAUGAUUCUGAGUUUAUCAUCCACUGCCGGAACAUCACCACCAAGCAUGAACUGAGUGUCAAGCAAGGCAUCACACGCAUCACGACCCCCAAGAUUAUAGCAGGUGUAUGCACAGUGCUUGGAGUCACAGUGAUCAUGUGCUGCAUCUUCACCGUCAUGAAAAAGUUCAAGAAACGUAAAGACUAUGAGGAUCCAGAGCCAGAUAAGGGUGACGUCUUGUCUCAGAUUCCCUUGGAGAAUCUAUACCAGCCCCCAAGUACCCCUCUGUGUACCUCCAGAACAGCUCUCCUGCCACAUUCCCAGAUUUAACAGUGUUUGAGAGGUGGUACAAUACAGACAUGGAAAGUUGGAUCAAAAUGGCUUAUUUCAACUUUGUAUGAAAAGGUACCCCUGGCCAGCGCAUCAGAUGUGGUAGUACGGAGACUGUGAAAAGGUGGUAAAACAUGAUA